AUGAGCAAUUUACCCCGCAGUAAAACGUGCAGUGCGCGUCGAAUUCGCAACAUAGAUGAGCUUGAUGAACACCAGUAUGAGGGCCUGCACCAGACACCUCCAUAUAAAAAAAGCAAAACGGAAGAGCUUCAUCAUUCCAGAGGGAUGAACAGUUGGGAAAGAAACUCCAAGAGUGAGGCACAGAUAAAAGGAUGUACUUACUCCGAAGGGGAAUACAUAGAGAAGGAACAGCCGCCCAAAGAUAAUCCCAGAAGUGAAUCUCCUCCUAAUAACGCAGACGCACAUAAUUCAUCCAAGAAGGAAACGCAAAUUAAAAAAUACAGCAUCGAUUUUGAUACCUUCAAUGAGAGCAUAUUCGACGUGAGUAUUGAGCUCGGCGAGAGAGACCCAGGGGAUGGUCCAGAAUUUCAAUGCACAUCAGAGGAUACGGAGGAGGAUAGAAAGGGUUCUCCUUACCAGGAUGACGAAGAUGACCAAACUGAGCAGAGGAGAGAUAACCUUAGAAAAAACAACCACAUAGGGAAUAGAGACUAUGAUCAGAAGAAAGGAGACACUGGAAAAUCAUCGAUACAAUGGUACAAUAGCAGUGAUAACUCCUCCCACAGCUCCCUCGAUGUAAACGAAAUUUUGCAAACAAGGACCAACGAACGAGUGGAAAAAAAAAACAGAAACACGUACAUAUUGCAACACAAGGAGAGAAUAAAAGAAAGGAAAAAUGAAAAAAAGAACAGAAAAAAUAAUAGCAGUAAUAGUAACAAUUUAAAAAAUAAUUUUUUAAAGAUUAGCAAAACUGCAAAGGAUAAUGUAAAGAGGGCCAGCAUUGCUACCGUCAUGCUCGAGAAUCUGUCUAACCGGGACCCCGACAGCGACAUCAGCAGUGGUAGCAGUGAACACAGCCAUCUCAGCGAAAAUCACUGCACGGAUGGCGCAGAUAGCUCGGAUAAUUUGAAUUAUUCACAGAAAGUGCCUCCCCGCAUACGCUAA